AUGAAGAUAGCUAAGUGGAGGUGGAGCAGCAUCUCCAUCGGUGCGCGAUCCCAGCUGAAAGGCACUCUGGCCCUUCUCCUCGUGGGCAACGUUGUCUUCGUGAUAGCUCAGCAGGACCUGACACAGACCUCCAACAGCCUGGAGGAAGGGGCAGACGUCACUGCGUACUGGUGGGGCGAGUGGACCAAGUGGACGGCUUGUACCCGGACCUGCGGUGGAGGCGUCAAGUCGCAGGAGAGGCACUGCCUGCGGCAGAGAAGAAAGUCAGUGAGUGGGCUGGCUAAUAAAACUUGCACUGGAACAUCCAAAAGAUACCAGCUCUGCAAAGUACAAGAGUGCCCUGCGAACGGAAGGAGCUUUCGAGAGGAGCAGUGUUCAUCAUUUAAUUCCCACGUGUAUAACGGCAGAACGUAUCAAUGGAAACCUUUAUAUCCUGAUGACUAUGUUCACAUUUCUAGCAAGCCCUGUGACCUCCAUUGCACCACUGUGGAUGGUCAGAGACAGUUAAUGGUUCAGGCUCGGGAUGGAACAUCCUGCAAAUACACUGAUUUCCGAGGGGUUUGCGUGUCUGGAAAAUGUGAGCCGAUUGGAUGUGAUGGCAUUCUCUUUUCCACCCACACCUUGGAUAAAUGUGGAGUUUGCCAAGGAGAUGGGAGCAGCUGCACUCACGUGACCGGCAGUUACCGGAAAGGAAAUUCUCAUCUUGGCUAUUCUCUGGUAACGCACAUUCCCGCUGGAGCAAGGGAUAUCCAGAUAGUGGAACGGAAAAAAUCUGCAGAUGUUCUGGCUGUGGCUGAUGAAGCUGGGUACUAUUUCUUCAACGGGAACUACAAAGUUGACAGUCCAAAGAACUUCAACAUUGCAGGCACGGUGUUCAAGUACCGCAGGCCCAUGGACGUGUACGAGACCGGCAUAGAGUAUAUUGUUGCACAAGGACCGACGAAUCAAGGCUUGAAUAUAAUGGUUUGGAAUCAAAAUGGCAAGAAUCCAUCCAUCACAUUUGAAUACACCCUUCUCAGGAAGCCACACUCAAAAAAUCUGCAGCCCAUCUACUACACCUUCUCUGAGUCAGAUAGUGAAGAAAGCAGAGAGUUUGAUGGAGACGUGCCAUUGGGUUUUAUCCAGCACAAUGCAACCUAUUUUGGGAAAAUCUCCAGGGAAAGGAUAGACUUGGAGAACCAGGUGUUUGGAAGACCGGACACGGAGGAAGAUUUAAACUUGAGCAAAGGUCAGGAAACCAAUGAGGUCUAUGAAAGAGCAGAAACAAUUGACUGUGAGCCAAAACUGAAGGGCAAACAACCCCAAGAUUCAAACGUAACCAGGUCUACUUACCAGACAGACCAUGAGAACAGAGACUUCGACCCCAGGUUCGCCUCCAGAGAGUUCCUUUCGGAGAACGCUAUCACAGACAAGCUGCUGGACAAGACCUUGGACUCCAAGGAGCUGGUGCUCAACAUGACCAUGAACAGCAUCUUUGCCCAGGGAGACCCAAUCAACUCCGUGGGGUCACACAUUGACAGCCUCUAUGUUGACUACGAGGACAGUGAUGGCGUUGUGACCUACACCAUUAAUAGCACUUACAUGGAGCUGAGCAACGGCAAAGCCAUCAACGCGUCAGCGGAGACGCCGUUUUCAAAUGCCACUGUCACCAUGACCAGCCCUCAAGGGAACAGAACCCACAAAGCAAGAAACAGAUUGAAGUUGUUAAGAAAGGGCCAAGGUGUGAGUGCUGCUGACAUGUACAGGUGGAAGCUUUCCUCCCAUGAACCCUGCAGCUCUACAUGUACCACAGGAGUGAUGUCCACAUAUGCUAUGUGUGUUCGCUAUGAUGGGAUCGAAGUGGAUGAUACGUACUGUGAUGCCAUGACCCGUCCUGAGCCCGUCCAUGAGUUCUGUGCUGGGAGAGAGUGCCAGCCAAGGUGGGAGACAAGCAGCUGGAGCGAGUGCUCCCGCACUUGCGGGGAGGGCUACCAGUUCCGCAUCGUCCGCUGCUGGAAGAUGAUCUCUCCGGGAUUCGACAGCUCCGUCUACAGUGACCUCUGCGAGUCCGCUGACAUCACCCGGCCGGACGAGCGCAAGGUCUGCAAGAACCCAGCCUGCGGACCCCAGUGGGAGAUGUCGGAGUGGUCUGAGUGCUCAGCCCGGUGUGGAGAGCGGAGCGUGGUGACGCGGGACAUCCGCUGCUCGGAGGACGAGAAGCUGUGCGAUGCCAGCGCCCGGCCCCUGGCCGAGAAGAACUGCACCGGGCCACCCUGUGACCGGCAGUGGACAGUCUCCGACUGGGGACCGGUGAGCGGCGGCUGCGGGCAGGGCAGGAUGAUCCGGCACGUGUACUGCAAAACCAGCGACGGGCGCGUGGUGCCAGAGUCACAGUGCAACCUGGAGGCGAAGCCACUGGCCAUCCACCCCUGUGGGGACAAGAACUGCCCCUCGCACUGGCUCGCGCAGGACUGGGAGCGGUGUAACACCACGUGCGGCCGGGGCGUCAAGAAGAGGAUCGUGCUCUGCCUGGAGAUCAUCAACGGGAAGAUCAAGACCCGCAACCCUGCCGACUGCGACGUCGCCAAGAAGCCUGUGGAGGAGACGACGUGCUUUGAGCGACCGUGCUUCAAGUGGUACACGACCCCUUGGUCAGAGUGCACAAAAACCUGCGGCAUCGGCGUGAGGAUGCGGGACGUGAAGUGCUACCAAGGGAAGGACAUCGUCCGGGGCUGUGACCCGCUCGUGAAGCCGGUGGGCAAGCAGACCUGUGACCUGCAGCCCUGCCCCACGGAGCCCCCAGACGACAGCUGCCAGGACCAGGCAGGAACCAACUGCGCUUUGGCCAUCAAAGUCAACCUGUGCAGCCACUGGUACUACAGCAAAGCCUGCUGCCGCUCCUGCCGCGCGCCCCACUCCUAG